UGCUGUCUUUCAGCAUCGUAGACAACAGAUACAAAGGCAGAAACACCAUGGAAGAGGGCAAAGCACCAGGAGGGGAGGCGGGGGGGGUUGGGGGACAACAGUUGAACGAACAGCAGAUAAUCGGGACAUAUCGUGGGAUGCUUGGCGACGUAAAUCAGAUGCGGCGCAAGAUCUCCGAACUGGAGCAGGAGGUCUCCGAACACCAGAUGGUGGUGGACACCCUGGAGCCCUUGGAGCGGACGCGGAGAGCCUACCGCCUGGUGGGAGGGGUGCUGGUGGAGCGCACGGUGGGGGAGGUGCUGCCCACGGUGAAGGCAAACCAGGAGGGCAUCAAGCAGCUCCUGCAGCAGCUGGCCACUACCCGGGCCAACAAGGAGAAGGAGGCGGCAGAAUGGAAGAUGAAGUACAAGAUACGGUCUCAACAGGAAGCUCAGGCGAUGUCACAGGCACAGGGGGUCCCGACACCACAAGCAUUGCAAGCAUGACUCUUGAUAGCUAAGCCUACCCCCUUGGGGUAGAUCUUCAUUUAGGGAGUUAGGAGCAUCGUUUUCCGUUGUUGAGUGUUGGCGUUCGCGUUGGGGAUGGCUUGUGCCAUGGAACUUUUUUUUUUGCCACCCAAGAGAAGCGCGUGUCGGUGUGUGAGGAUUGAACUCUAUCAUUCGUCUUGACGCCGAACUUUGGUCUUUGUGUUCUCGGACUCAUGGUGCUCAUUUAUUAUUAUGGUUUCCCUGCUUGCUGUGCCCCUGUCAACCAUGGGGAAAACCGUGGGAGGCAAGAAGCUAAAGUUCGGGAAAUUUGAUGUGAUACCGAGGCCGGAAAUCGUUAGAGGCUGGUAUAGUUCGCGAAGUGGUUUCAGUAGUCAGGGACGCUGCCACCGCUGGCUGCACAUGGCAGUGUACUACGAAAUAUGAUGACAUGGUUGACACGAAAUUCAAUUUAUUGGAGCGUUUUUUUCGUCGCUCCUGGUCUCGGGGCGAACGGAACCAACUUGUGAACAUCGCGGAGCGUUAUGUGGCGCAGAACGAUGUUGCUACCGACUUGGCAGGUACUUGAGCGUUUCUCUCCGUUUUGACGAUCACCCGUUACGGAAUGUGCUCGUCCUGGUUAUGGUAGUCAAGGAAACUUUGGCAAAUAUCCUGGACACGCAAGGUUGCAAGGGCACAGGAGGACGCACAAACCCCGCCCCCUGCCUUCCCCAUAAUCAUUGGGCUUGUACUCGUCUUUCGGUCGGGUCGCUUGGAGAACCAAAAUUCUUGUACCCAUCCUGUUCUAUCCUAGUCUCCCAAACCAACCGUUUCCGAUGCCAGUUGUGACCACGGAAGGGUUCUGCGCGAGUUGGACCGGUCCGGCUGUUAGAGGUACUAUGUAGAGCGUAGACAUCGGAACGGUUUUCAAUGUGGAAGGAAGACAACAACCAACAAUAACAAUCUCGGGACCAAUUUACUGUCUCAAAGCGACUGAGACAACGCUUGGGGUAUGCAUACAUCAUCAUUCAGCUCCGGUGCCCGCUGGUUAAUGAACUAGCAGCCCACAUAGCAGCAGGGGGUCCAGCCCCCCCGUCUUUUGUGACCCCGGUUGGGUCGUCU